CUUUUAAUCAAUUACUCAAAUUUAGUAUUGUUUUAGGUUCUUGUUUAUAGCGUAAUCCUCCAACAUGAUACGUAUAUCUUGUAUUUUGUUGUUUUUUGUAUAUAUUUUGGAUGUUGAAGCAUUAGAAUUAACUACGCAAUUACCACAAGAAGUAGAAAAAAUAUUGAAUGGUACAAGACGUAUCAUAAACGGAGAAGAAGUUACAAACGAUAGACCCUACAUGGUAUAUUUAAAACUACCACGAAGUAACAAAAAGCAACCAAACUAUAGGACAUGGUUAUGUAGCGGAGUUAUUAUUCAUGAAGAGUACAUCAUGACUUCUGCUGCCUGUAUAGAAGACGCUGAACAUUUUUAUGUUGUUUCUGGAACAUACAAGUACUCUGAUGACGACGACAGGUAUAACAAUCCGUGUAUCAAGAAUGGUGCAAAGAAAGCGAUAUGGAAGUGCAUUCCUAAAAAUUAUGUCUUCGAUGGUCACGAAAAUGACAAUAUCAGGUGGAUGAAUAACGAUAUAGCUGUCGUGAAGGUUGAAGAAGGUUUUGAUUUCACCAGACUUAUCAAAGGCUGCGACUUCAUACCCAAACCAAUUUCCCAUAACAACCAAAGUCAAAUUUUAGAAAAUCCCGGUUCAGUUGUCAGUGUCGCAGGCUGGGGUACUACUUCUAAGUACAAUGAUUGGGUGAAUAGAAGAAAAGAAAACCAACAAAAUCUUCUAGAGGCUCAUGUAGAAAUUAUAUCCAAAAACAAAUGCAAGAGACGUUGGGGCUCCCGCUAUCAUAACAUAAUCGACAACUACAUGAUAUGUACCAAGGAUGUGGGGCAAACUAUGUCGGAGAUUUGCAACGAAAAAUACGUUGAUUGCCAAGAUAUUAACUAUUCAGAUGAGGAGGAUAUGAGAAGAGAUGCUCCAAUAGUUAAAACUGAAAAAAUACCAACAAAUCUAGUUAUGCACUCCGCUUAUCAUAAUGAAUCUUCUGGAAAUACAUCUGUAAGCAGUAACAGAAGGUCUAUGACAGAUGGUGGAUUCUGUGAGAAUGAUCAUGGAGGCCCUCUUGUCUAUGGAACUGGAGUUAACUCUAUUGUAAUUGGAGUGAUAUCAGCUUGCCUUGUCAAAGAGAGAACCAACAAGUGCUACGGACCCUUCUUGUUCACCAGCGUUUAUAAAAAUCGACAGUUCAUCUCUUGCGUCAUCUACAAGGACGUUGAACCUAAAUGCAGACGUCAGUUCAGAUCAGGAGUGACUCACGUGGAAAAAGUAAUAUCAUGGAAAAAUCAUGACGACGGACCAGCGAAGAAUGAGCUAGAAAUGGUGAAAAAGCCAGAAACAGAUCCAGAGAUCGUGCAUGGUGCAGACGAACCAGUCGAUGCAAUAGACGACAAGGUGUUUCCAGGAAGCGGCUUCAUACUGCGUGCCACAAAUGAUACGAAAGUUCCGCUUGCUUUGAAUGAAACUGCUAAAACUGUGUAAUGUAUUUUAAUAAUAAAAUUAAACUAUUACGGA